GAUUCUCAUUUCACUUGAGAUCUGCCGUUUUGUACUAAAACAUAAUGAAAUCUAUUGCGUAUGGUGCGUAUUGUGGCCAAGAAUAAUGUUUAGUUUAUUAAUUUUUAAAAGAAGCUUGCUGAUCUUUAAGAUUUUUGGAUUUCGUGAAGGUAGAUAUAAAUCGAAACGUAUUUUUAUGAAAGCGUAAGUAAUGAAGUAUAAGUGAGAUGUCGAUGGAACCGAAAAGAGUGUCAACGAACCUCGCUACGAUGUAUGGCAGGCUUGCCACAGGUCACGAUCGGAUGAAAAUCUGUUUCUGCACCGAUCUCGAUAAAUCGGUUCUGAUAAGCAAUUUUGAAAAGCGCGGCUGGGUACAAGUUACGGCGGAUGACGAUUGGAAUUUCUACUGGGCUGGAACUGGCACCUGUCGCAAUAUAUUCAGCGUUGACAGUGGAUACCGUAUGCACGAUAAUCAGCUUAUUAAUCACUUUCCGAACCAUUACGAGUUAUCAAAAGAUUUACUGGUGAAGAAUAUAAAACGCUAUCGGAAGGACCUUGAACGAGAUGGGAAUCCGUUGGCAGAAAAAACUGAAGCAAACAUUCCCGGUGGCUCAAAAUAUUUGUAUUUAGAUUUCAUACCGAUCACGUUUGUCCUGCCAGCUGACUAUAACAUGUUUGUGGAAGAGUACAGAAAAAAUCCUCAAAGUACAUGGAUUAUGAAACCGUGCGGUAAGUCACAAGGUGCUGGCAUUUUCUUAAUCAAUAAAUUGUCCAAAUUGAAACGCUGGUCGAGAGAAGCAAAAACGUCAUUUCAUCCUCAAAUCGGCAAAGAGAGCUACGUUAUUUCAAGGUAUAUCGAGAACCCGCUGUUAAUUGGUGGCAAAAAAUUUGAUCUUCGAUUGUACGUUCUUGUGACAUCAUUUCGUCCGCUGAAAGCAUACUUGUUUCGUUUGGGAUUCUGCCGCUUUUGUACGGUAAAAUACGACACAAGUGUUACGGAAUUGGACAACAUGUACGUACACUUGACUAACGUCAGUGUGCAGAAACAUGGUGGUGAAUAUAACAACCAUCAUGGAGGCAAGUGGAGUGUACAAAACUUGCGUCUCUAUCUUGAGGGUACGCGUGGUAAGGAAGUAACGGAUAAGUUAUUUGGGUCCAUCACUUGGCUCAUAGUACACUCCUUAAAGGCAGUAUCAAGUGUUAUGGCCAGUGAUAGGCACUGCUUCGAAUGCUACGGUUACGAUAUCAUCAUAGACAAUACAUUGAAACCGUGGCUUGUCGAAGUGAACGCUUCACCGUCACUGACUUCAACUACUGCCAACGAUCGGAUACUCAAAUACAAGCUAAUAGACAACAUUCUCAGCAUUGUAUUGCCACCGGAUGGAGUACCUGAUGUCCGUUGGAGCAAAAUUCCCAGCCCAGACAUGUUGGGAAACUUUGAUCUUCUCAUAGACGAGGAAAUAGCGGCACAGGAUGAUAGUAUACAUAACAGUAAUAAUGGUAAACACCGCUCCAAUAGUAAUAGAUGGAAAUAAUUGUACGAAAAAUAAAAUGAAUGUCUUAAAUACUGGUGUUAACAACACGAAGAAAAUUUGCAAUUGAUUAUGGAGUGUUGCGACGAACUCGUUCGUGUUCCCGUAAUAGUUAAUACCUUAAAAUGAAAACGAAAAGUCAUGAACUAAAAACGAGCUACAUUCUCAAACGGUUGAAUUGUCUUAAAUAAUAGUAUUAAAAUUGAAACACGUAUGAUAUAUUCCUUCGUUUAUUUGUUCUAUCGUUCGGGCUUUGUGUUUAAUGUUUUUUUGUUUUAUGUUGUACGAAUGUGUUUUAGUUUUAACAUGCACAAAUUUUUAAUAUAUUUCCGAGGUUCUUUUGUAUUAUGUAGCACAAUCAGCCAUUUUUAAUUCAUUAGUCUUUCCUAAUAGUUGUUGCUUUCGCUGUAAUUAUAUAAUUGAUUUUCUAGUUUCGAUUGUAUGUUGACUUUUGUUUCCUUAUGAGCGACUAUAGUUUUUCCUAUCCUUUUUUUGCAAUAUAUGGUACGCGGUUUCCCAACGUACGGUAAUUUCAAUAUUCUUUCCCAAUUAAAGUAUUCCAGUUUGGCUUUCACAUCAGUUGUGCGAGAUUUUCGUUUCAUAGUAGUGGCUGUUUUAAUUGUUUUGUACAAUCAUAACAUCGAAUUUAAACCAAAUUUCAUACAAUUCAAAUUGUUAGUUGGUUCCGUAGUUUAAUAGGUUGUCAAUAAAUGAAAUAAAACUACAUAUUUAUAGUUUGGGAAGUGAAAAAACAAUCAGAUUGUUAAUAAUCUGCAACAUAUAGUCAGUCAUAAUACGUAGACAAACAUCUACUAUUAUAUGAGUCAUGCAAGAAAGAUAGCAACAUAACAUUCCCUUUUUUACAAUAUAUUCAUAUUUCGGUUUGAUUGUUGGCUUAAUUGUUAAAAACAAAUCCAUCACACACAUUUAAACUCUAGUGCCACGCCGAUUGCAUUGCUUACAUUGAUUUGGAAAAUAAUGGUUUUACCUUUAUAUACACCCACACCGAUCGCCGUAUAUUUCUGCGCGUGCCUUUUCUGCUGGUUCAAAUAUAGUGGCUCUAGUAUUUGUCAGCAACAUAACACACA